GUUGGCCUUGGACAGUUACACUUGCACGGAGGAAGAGGAGUAGAGCAAAAUCACCAGCGAGCAUUUGAGUACUUCAAUCAAGCAGCUAAUGCUGGCAAUUCACAUGCUAUGGCCUUUCUAGGAAAGAUGUACUCAGAAGGAAGUGAUGUUGUACCUCAGAGCAAUGAAACAGCUCUUCAGUAUUUCAAGAAAGCUGCUGAUAUGGGUAAUCCAGUUGGACAGAGUGGAUUAGGAAUGGCUUACCUCUACGGAAGAGGUGUUCCAGUGAACUAUGAACUAGCACUGAAGUAUUUCCAGAAGGCUGCAGAACAGGGAUGGGUUGAUGGACAACUUCAACUAGGUUCCAUGUAUUACAAUGGCAUUGGAGUCAAGAGAGACUAUAAACAAGCUUUGAAAUAUUUUAACUUAGCCUCCCAGGGUGGCCACAUCCUGGCUUUUUAUAAUCUGGCUCAAAUGCAUGCUACUGGCACUGGAGUGAUGCGAUCCUGUCAUACUGCUGUUGAGUUGUUUAAGAACGUAUGCGAACGGGGGCGUUGGUCUGAAAGACUGAUGACUGCCUACAACAGCUAUAAAGAUGGUGAUUCAAAUUCUGCAGUGGUUCAAUAUCUUCUUCUGGCAGAACAAGGCUAUGAAGUUGCACAAAGCAAUGCUGCUUUCAUACUUGAUCAGAAAGAAGCUAGCAUAGUAGGAGAAAAUGAAACCUAUCCUCGAGCUUUGCUUCACUGGAAUAGAGCAGCUUCUCAAGGAUAUACUGUGGCAAGAAUUAAACUUGGAGACUACCAUUUUUAUGGUUUUGGUACUGAUGUUGAUUAUGAAACUGCAUUUAUUCACUAUCGACUGGCAUCAGAGCAACAGCACAGUGCCCAAGCAAUGUUUAAUCUGGGCUACAUGCAUGAGAAGGGACUGGGCAUCAAGCAGGAUAUUCAUCUUGCAAAACGAUUUUAUGACAUGGCAGCUGAAGCAAGCCCAGAUGCUCAGGUUCCAGUCUUCCUAGCACUUUGCAAGCUUGGAGUGAUUUAUUCCUUGCAGUAUAUACGAGAAAUCAAUAUAAGGGAGGUAUUCUCACAUAUUGAUAUGGACCAGCUGCUGGGGCCUGAGUGGGACCUUUACCUUAUGACCAUCAUCGCCUUGCUUCUGGGAACAAUUAUAGCUUACAGACAAAGGCAACAUCAGGCAAUUCCCAGACCAGCAGGACUGCGGCCAGCUGUGCCUCAACAAGAACCAGCACCAGAGCAUCAACCACCGCAAUAGCAACAAGAGCCUCAGUGAAAGAACUGGAUUUUUCCAAAAGGAACAAUUUUAAUUGUGAUUUAGGACUUUUGAUCAACAGUCCCUCCCCCAAAAGAGGCGCAGAGAAGUUUAAAAAAAAAAAAAAAAAAGUCUGAAAGCUGCUU